AUGGCUUGGGACGACCCCCCAAAGUCCUCCGCUUCAUGGCACAAUGAUGCUGAAGAAAUGGGAGACCUAGGGCGCGCGACGCCGAGAAAGGAUGACAGCCUACACCAAGGCAGUAUAGCAGGGCCGGUCAGUGGGAAAAGUCCACUUAGGCGGAAUGGAAACCUUGCUGUAGGGCCUGACCAGAAGGAUGAUGAUGACAUGCUAUACAAGAGAUUCAGCCGACCGCCAACAUAUUGUGAUUCGCGAAAGGACGUCCACAGAAAGAAGCAUAACUGGCUGUCUGUGUCGAUCUUGGCUCUGUCGGUUUACUCGACAGGUCUCAGCUGCCUUUGGUUCAUCGUGGCCGUCGUGCAGCCACGAUGGGGCCCGCAGAUCUCGUCAAGUGGCGGAAUCCUUCCCUCGACGGCGUCCCUGGUGUGCGCCAUGUUCGCCAAAACGAUUGAGAUAUCGUUUGUGACUGUCUUUGUGACCUUCAUCGGCCAGGUUCUGACGCGGCGCGCCUUCGUAAGGAAGUCCAAAGGCAUGACCCUGGCCGAGAUGACCAUGAGGAACUGGGUCAUUCAACCGGGGUUCCUGAUCACGCACUCGGAGACGCUGCCGUAUGCCGGAAUGACGCUGCUCGGGGUCGUUUCUCUCAUCGCGACAGUGGCCUCGACGCUCUAUACAACCGCGUCCGAUGCCAUGGUCACUCCCAAGCUUAAGUACGGUGGGUGGGAGAGCAAAACGCUGAGCGGUUACGUUUUGGCCUCCUAUGCGAACCCGCCCUUUGCUCGUGAAAGGUGUCAGACACCACUGCGAGACAGCGACCCUGCCGGUGUCGAUACUGCCGGACCUUACCGAAACCUGAUGUCCUUCUUGGGCGACUGGGACGCCAUCAACAAGAACGGCACAAGCGCCACGGUGGACAUCUCGCAACGCCCCGUGGGAACGGCGCUGCUGUACGACAACACGACGCUGACGUCGGCGUGGAUCGAGGUCAAUUUCAGCAAUGCGACCAAGAAUUAUGAGGAACACGGCAGGGUCGUCAACAACGUGACGCUCGCAAUGCCGCACCCGAGCGUGUACGACGCGGCGACGAACCCGGUCAACAAGAUCCUGCAGCCGAACGACCUGUCGGGCGUGGGGGAGUACGCCAUCAAGGCGAGCGUCGUGUCGCCCGCUCUGAACGUCAUGUGCGUCAACAUGGCGCCGGACGAGCUUGCGCCUCUGGUCUAUACGGAGUGGCCCCUGGGCCAGGUCAACUCCAAUGAUACGUUGGUCCCGGGACAGAGAAUCGGCCCCCUGGACUGGGAGCAUUAUGUGCCUGGGCCGUCGGAGACGGAGUGGCUGAAUCGGACGUCGGUGGACGACAUCUUCCGUUGGGGAGAGCAAUACAACCGACGACCGCCCGUGUUCCAGCUUUACCCGGCCGACUUCAACAUGGUGACCAACACCACCACCCUGAACGAUGCCAUUUACAUCCUGACGAAAUCGGCGUCGGUCGCGGACUACACGCUCUGCGAGAUGCGUUCGUGGGUAUCCCCUCUCUGCUCGACGCACUUCAACAUCUCGGGCACGACGGGAGCGCACAUGCAAGCGCACUGCGAGGAUCCCGAGGACGAGGACAGCUACAACCACGUCCACCCAGAAGUCACGUUCUCUGUGCCCGUGGUUGAUUGGAAGAACAUCGCAGACCAGUGGCGCCUGUCAAUGGAUAUUAACGGCGGGGCGCAAAACAACAACGCGUCCAACGCGCGCAUCCUUACGCAGUUCGUGCUCAAGGAGCCGCGGCUGGACCCCCUGCUCCCGUCCAUUGCCGAGGCGCUCGCCGUGUACGCGUCGUCGACCAUCAUCAUCGGCGGCCACGGCACGCCGUUCGAGCACUACUGGCGGCACGACAAGACGCAGCUCGGGGCGCCGGGCAGCCUGGACCGGUUCGAGGCGUCGAUCCGGACGCAGGAGUACACGUCGGGCCACGUGGCGGAGUGGCAAAAGGCGUUCUACGUUGUGCUCGUGGUGGUGGUGGGCAUCAACGUGGUCUGCCUGGCAUACUUCCUCGGGCGGUCCGGGCUGGUGACGGACUUCACGGAGCCGCAGAACCUGUUCGCGCUGGCGGUCAACUCGCCGCCCAGCGAGCAGCUCAAGGGCAGCUGCGGCGGGGGCCCGGUGAAGCGCGACCUCGUGGUUCCGUGGCGUGUGGCGUACGCGAGCGGCGCGAACCACUACUUCUUCGAAGAGGCGAGCGACCGGCCGUGGCGGGGCAAGUAUGCCGGGCAGGACCUGUUGUCGGCGGACACUGCGUACCACGGGCGGCAGCGGAGCAGCUACCAGAGGCUGAGCACGAGUACUUCGUGGCUGUAG